AUGGAGGAGAUUUGGGGCUGGUCUCUGGGGAGACCGAGCUCUGGGGAGCUCGCUAGUAAUGAAGCUGGAACCUCAGAGGUCCCUAAGUCCGAAAAGGAGCCUGCUUCAGAUGCAGAGCUGAGCUCUGAGACCUGGCCACAGGAGGCGGGGGCCAAGCCCAGGUCUGGGUCAGGGCCUGAGGUGGAGCCGUUGGACUUCGUGGUAGCCACUGAACAGGAAUUUGAGGAGGUGCUGGCCAUCUCGGGGGGGGGCAUCUACAGUGGCCUGGACUACCUUCCCAGCCGCUACCACAGCUGGCUCCGGGAUCCCGACCGCAUGGUGGUGCUGGCCAAGCGCAACGAAGGAGUGAUAGCGCUGGAGUCCAUGAAAGUGAUCGACGCCGAGGAGAUGGCGCUGGGAGAGGGGCUGCGCGUGGCGCCCUGGGAGCGUGGCAAGGGCGUGGCCGGGCUGCUGCAGCGCUUCUGUUCGCAGCUGGUCAAGCAACAGCACCCGGGGGUCAAGGUGGUACGGCUCACCCGGGACAAACAGCUGGGCCCCCGGGAGCUGAAGAAAUACCGCCUAAUCACCACGCAGGGCAUCCUUUUGGUCCGAUUCAUCGCGUCGGAGCUACUGGCGGGGCUGGGCCCGCGGCUGGCGGCGCUACGAACCUCCGGUACCUUCUCGCCGCUGCCCACCGAGGCCGUGUACGAGGCGGGAGGCGACGUGGCACGCCUCUUGCUGUCGCCUUCUGUGCACCGCGACGUGCUUCCGGAAGAGACCAUCACCCAGGACUGGCAGCCCUACCGGCCGAGCGAGAGCAACCUGAGCCUGCUGGGGGCCAAUGACCUGGAGUGGCGCGUGGACAGCCGCGAGUGCCGGCGAGUGCUCACGCUGUGCACGCGCCCGUUCCCCGUCCCACAUGGCGGCGACGGCACUUGGUGCUGCCUCAACAUCGACGCAUUUGGCAGCGACGGCGUGCAGGUGCAGAGCCAGCUGCUGUGACACCUGCAGCGUCAGGCCCCGCGUCGAAGCCUCAACGUCAUGUGCCAGCUCUUCCUGGCUCCCCAGCUGUGCUCGCAGCUGGCUAACUUCUGCCAGGCCGGCCUGGGGCUUGAGCUGGUCAAGGGUUUUACUGAGCAGAACCUGCUGGAGGCAGACAUCUGA